CCAUUCCAUUUUGCUAAGCAUCCAGCGAUUGUGUUGUUACAAGUGGAACCUUUGAAACCCUAGAAAAUUUUGAGAGAUACAGAGUGCUAGAGGGAGCUAGAAGAGGAUGAUUCUCAGAACUCCACCGCCAAAGAGACCUAGAGACGAUGCCAAAGCCAUCGAGAGCCCGCCUAUCGGUUCCGAUCGUCGGCUUGUUAUUUACGAAGACCCUGUCGUUCAAUUGCCGGAGUCCUCUCACGAGCCUCAACCGUCCGAUCACAUGCUCUGCACCUACCAAUGCCGCCAAAUGGUUAAAUCAGAUUUUCUGGAUGCCUUGAGCAAUGCAGAGAAGCAAGUUUGUGAUUAUCAAUCUAAAUUGGAGAAUUUAAAUGAGAACUUCUGCAAAGUUGAAGCGGAUAGGAACAAAUUUCGAGAUCAAUUCUUAUAUGCUGAACAGGAACUUGCUGCUGCCAAAGGACGUGAACAGGCCUUGCAACAGCAAUUUCUGAAGGAGAUCAAUGAUUCCCAGGAGAGGUUGAAGAAACAAUUAGAAUCAUGCAGCAAACUUGAGAUAAAACUGGAAAAUGAGAAGAACCUUCGGAUAAAAGCUGAAUCCUCAGCAACUUCUGCCGAAGAGAAAGCAAGUCUUUUGGAGGCAAAGCUUUCCCAACUUUCUGAAAGCAUAGACAGGGAGAAAAAGCGCCUCAAUAAUGAGCUUGCACAGCUGCAAAGAGAUUCAAAACUUUCUGUUUCCAGGAUAACUGCAGAUCUUGAAAGAAUGGAAUGCAGAGCUAAAAAUGCUGAGAAGGAAUCAGAGCUACUCAAGGAGCAGCUGGGAAAUCUAAAAUUGCAACUAAAUGAGUGCUUGCACCAGAAGAGUGAACUGGAGAAGAAACUAUCAAAUUUAACAAUUCCAGGAGGUGCGUCUACAGAGAGCAAUAUUUUAGUUAAACAUCUCCAAGACGAGCUCAGGAACUAUGAGUCUGAAGUGAGAGAAGCAAGAAAAUUGAAAGCAUCUUAUGAAAACACUGAGUUAUUAAAGGAGAAAUUAUUGGAAGAAAAAAGCCGCAAAGAGAGGGCAGAGUCAGAGUUAUCCAAGUUACGAGAAUUUGAGCUAAAUACGAGGAAGUUGGAAGAUGAGUUGUCUUCUUGGAAGUCAAUGCUAAAAAAGAUCCCUGAUGUGUCUUGCUGUGACGAUAUACCUCUCAAGUUUUCAGCAUUACAAAAAGAGGUGAUUGAUAACAUGAUGAAGGUGGGUGAGGCAAAUGCACGGUUGAAACAAAUAGAGGUGGCUCUGGAUGCUGCCCAACUUGGCAAACAAAAUGCUGAAGCUGAGGCUGCAUUGGCUAAAGAGAAGGCAGAAAGCUUGAAAUUGGAGGUCAAUCGGAUUCAAUUGAUGCUUUCUGCUGUUACUGAAGAGAGAGAUAGGUUGAAAAAUAUUGCCGAUGAAUUGAGAAGGUCAAAGAAUGAACAAGCAGGGGAUGGAGUAUCUUCUGGAACUCAUCUUCAGGAGCUUGAAUCUUCCCUUAUGAAGAAGGAUUGUUUAAUUAAAGAAUUGGAGAGUAAUUUAAAUGAACAAAAAGAAGUUAAUCAUCGACAACUUGCUGAAAUAAAUUUGCUCAAUGACAGGCUGAAUAAUGAAGCCAGGAGAAUCAAAUCGCUAGAAAGGGAGAGUGACCGGCUUCGUUCAGAGAUAUCUCUAUUGGAGUCCAAGCUAGGUCAUGGUGACUAUUCUGCUGCAAAUACGAAAGUACUGAGAAUGGUAAAUACACUUGCAGUUGAUAACGAUGCCAAACAAACUAUAGAGGCUUUGCAUACGGAGUUGCAGAAGACAAAGGAGAAGUUACAAGCUGUUGAAGAAUUAAAGAGUCAGUCAGGUGAUGCUGGAAAGCUGGUGGACUCCUAUAUAUCUGGGAAGGUAACACAGUUAAAAGAACAAAUUGCAACACUUGAAAAACGUGAAGAAAGAUACAGGACUGUUUUUGCUGAGAGAAUUUCGGUGUUUAGGAGGGCAUGUUGCGAGUUGUUUGGUUAUAAGAUUGUAAUGGAUGAACACCAGCGGUCAAAUGGAAUUCCGGUCACUCGUUUUACACUUCAGUCUAUCUAUGCCCAAAGUGAUGAUGAGAAGCUUGAAUUUGAAUACGAAUCAGGAAAUACAAACAUUUUGGCAAAUGCUUACACCUCUCAGUCAGAGAUAUCUCGUCAGGUUGACAUUUUUAUUCACAAGAUGAAUUCUAUCCCAGCUUUCACCGCCAACUUGACGGUGGAGUCUUUCAACAGAAGAACUCUCUCUUAAUACAAAUCAAAAUGUCCAUAUUACUCAGGAUGCUUCUGAUUUCUCGUACGUUGCAAAAAUUUGUGUGUUUUGUACCUUAAUGAUUCUAUUUCCAAUUGAUUAUGCCAUUAACUUAGCAUCAACUUUUCAAUCAUACAGCUAUGAAAGAGAGGUUUGUUGCUCUUGUGUUAUUUUCAUGUGAAAUGAACUGCCGGUUUUUGGCACUUCAAGAUUAGAUGGUGAUUCUCUGUUCCACAUGCCCUUGGAUGUAGUUGCUGUUGAUAUGCCACCUAUUCAGUGCCUAAUAAUUCUCUCUGGCACUCCUUUUGACUGGAGUCUAGUUCAAAUAAUUCACCUUUUGAUGACCUUACAACCUUUCGAGUCCUCAUCAGUCAUCAGAAUUUGAGCUUAGUUGUGUCGAAUUAUGCUUGUACCUUUUGUAAUGUACAAAGGUGAAGAAAAAGUGAGAAGUGGGGAAAAGUGGAGAAAUUGAGGUGCAUUACUGUUAACAACCCAAACUUUACGGUAUCGAACCAUUUCUUUUGGUCAUCCCAUGUCUUUAAUCUCAAUUGUGGAUUUAACAUCUCAUAAACGGCUAUGCUAAUUAGUACAAAACCACCACCACUACCACUACCUCCACUAUAAUUCUUCACUUGUAUCACUUGACUACAUCCAUCUUUAUUGGCUGGGGAUGAUUUCUGUUCUGAAGCAUGUAUAUGAGAAAUUGAAUGCUUAGCUGUGCAUAUUUGGCAUAUUUCCCAUCUCUUAACUCUUUUGAUCUAGCUCAGUGUUGGUCAAUAAAAUUAGAGCACUUGCCUUAUCCUUGAUGUAUUCUGUUUUUAGUGUGUUUGGCUAAUAAAUUGAAAUGCAUUGAUUUUGUUGUUAUUUGUAACUCCAUUUGUGAAGUAUUGGGUAUUAACUCCCAAAUUGUUCACUUUGAAGUUGCAUUUUCUGGGUGGCAUUUUCAUCCAAGUCUCCUAAUUUCAAAUCCUUUGUAUUAGUUAAAUGUAACAUCAGAGAACUUUUCAGCCAUAGCAUUAUCAUCUGCUUUUGACAAAGAAAACGAGAUAUGCUCUAGAGGCAUCCACGCCCACAAAGAACAGUUAACAAGAAAGGAGAACUGGCUGAUGGGAAAGAAUAGGAAGGCUUCAAAAGGUGGGUAAAAAAGCAUAUUAUAGUGCCGGUUUCUUCGCAGUGGUGAUGGAUUUUUAAGCUCUCUACAAAGAUUUAGUCCCUAAUUUUUUGACUAAAUUGAAAGCUCUCAACUUUCAGUGGCUAGUAGCUAAUGAAGGACGUGCUUCUGCUGACUUACUUUAAUGAUUAUGGUCAGUGUUAAUUUGA